GGAGGAAGAAGCUCAGCGCCAUGGAUCCCGCGCCGGGCGGUUCCUAUCGCCGCCGGCUCUUGCUCCUCUCGCCGGCUUCUCCCGCUGUCGUUAAAGCUCUUUUUCCCGAGGACCUCUCGCCGGUCUCCGACCUCCGACUCACCAUGGAGCAGCUGGGACGCGGUCAUGAAAACGCUGAGCAAGAUCCAGGAAACAGGAAUGCGAGUGGUUUACAAAGAACGGUGUCGUCGGAAUCGACAGACUCAGGCUGUGCUCUGGAUUCACCUGGCCCUGCGACCCCACACGACACCAUGGAGGACACGUUUGAGAAAGCAAUUGAAUCCAGCAGGCUGAAUGUUCGCAUGCCUUUCAGAAGAAUCCAGUCACUGCCGCAAAGCCUCCUGGGAUGCAGUCCUGCUCUGAAGAGAAGCCAUUCCGACUCUCUGGAUAGUGACGCGUUUCAACUGUUGGAACAAGAGGACAAUAAGGAGAACGAAUCGUUUGAGUUUAAGAAGCCAACCAAACCAGCUUCUCGUUGUUCCAUGCACGUCCAUUCCCGUGAUGGAAAAGGUGUUCCUGGGCCAAGGCAGAAUUCAUCUCCUGUGCAGAACUACAGGCCGGCUUUCCUGCAGCGUUCUUCUCUGACUUCCUCUGAGAGCGAUGAUGAUGAUGGGUUCCUAGAGCUGCUAGAUGAUCAAGAUUUGAAGAAUGAUGAAGAGAUGCCGUCUGAUGUGGCGAGCCUCUGGACUGCACCGCUAGUCAUGAGGAAAGCGGACAAUCGGGCCAAACGAUGCCGGUUGUUUGGCUCUUCGUCUCUGCCUAGUGGUGUAGGAAGAACCACCCAGAAAAGGAUGGAGAGAUCCCACGAAGAGAAUUCUCCAGGGAAAAGCAAGAAGAGGAAAAGCUUGCCUGGAACACACUCUGAAGACUCAACGAGUCUGAAAAUGGUAAAGACACAAUCGUCUACAGCGGAGAUCGAGAGCAUGUUGGACAGUGACCAGAGAGACCUUAUUGGUGACUUCUCAAAGGUUUAUUUAUUCCACACUGUUGCUGGGAAACACCAAGAUUUAAAAUACAUCGACUCGGAAAUGAUUGUAUCUGUGCUGACGGGGAAGUUUGCAAGCUUCAUUGAGGAAUGCGUGAUCAUUGAUUGUAGAUAUCCGUACGAGUAUGAAGGAGGACACAUCAAGGGUGCUGUAAACCUGCACAUGGAGGAGGACGUGGAAAACUUCUUGCUUAAGAAGCCAAUCCAGCCGACGGAGAACAAACGAGUGAUAGUAGUGUUCCACUGCGAGUUUUCUUCGGAGCGGGGUCCUCGGAUGUGCCGGUUUGUGAGAGAGCGGGACAGGCUUGGUAACGAAUACCCCAACCUCCACUACCCAGAGCUGUAUGUCCUGAAAGGGGGUUACAAGGACUUCUUCUCACGAUGCCGUAGCUUCUGCGAGCCCCAGGGCUAUCGCCCCAUGCACCACGAAGACUUCAAAGAAGACUUGAAAAGAUUCCGCACCAAAAGCCGCACUUGGGCGGGUGAGAGGAGCAAAAGGGAGAUGUACAGUCGCUUGAAGAAGCUCUGAGGGCUGGACUGAAGAAGCAGAAGCUGCCGUUGUGGUGGGCUGCGGCGGGAGGGAGGCGGCACUCUUCCAUUCUCGGGGUUCUCGGGUACCGGUUCUCUCCUCGUCUCUGGAGCCGUGGAACUCGUGGCCGCUGGCUGGGGGCUGACUUUUAUCAAUACUCUUGUUUAUGCUGCUUCGUGGAAACGGCUUCUUGUUGUGCGAUGCCCGCGAGCUGCCUGGGGAGGGGUGGGUGAGGUGCGGGGCAAGCACUGAGGGU